UAAAUGUCACAUUACAUUUUAUUCAAUUCAUUUUUCAAUUGAAAACAGCAGCAAUAAUCAGGAAACUCAUUAACUUUUUGUCAAAACCCGGGACAAACUACCCAGCAAUCUGACUUCCUUUGACCCAGACGGGGAGAUCCUCAUCAGAGUAGACAAUUUUGACUACCUCUCCUUACAAACACCACCCUGACCAUCCACAGAUGAGGGGCAAUUUCCGUCCUCCGGCCAAAAGGUUACACUGGGUCCCUUGUCGUUCAGAAAGGACAACUGACCAGAGAGAGAGUGUGAGUGCCUACUUGCCACAUUAUGGUAGCAGUUUUGGCUAAACUCUCGCUGUGAGUCACAACAGAGAAAGCUCGUCCCCAUCGCAUAUCAGGCACUGGUCAUUAUGGUAUUAUGCGUGACCAUUUAAGAAGAAAAAUGCCAUCACAGGAGUGCUUUCAUGCUGUAUAUGUAUGAAGGGCCUAGUUGUAAUCUGACAUGCACUGGGACCAUUAGCGUCAGAUUGAUUAACCUGGAAAUGCAGAGAGAGAGAGACUGAGAGAAAAAGAGACAGAGAGAGAGAGAGCUCAUACUCUUUACACAAGCAAGAAAUGCCUCACGUCCGCUGACUCUUUAAUCCAUUUGCACCACUUUUUUUUCCCUUUAGAAAAAUAAUAAAAAGAAGCCAACAAGAAGCCUAAGCUAACUUAGGCUCAACUUAAUUGGCAAAAAUAUAGCAUUGAGCAUUUUAGGCUACUUUAAAAUGCAUAUUGGUCUUUUGAGUGUAAAUUAAACAGUUUCAUUUCCCCCCUUAAUAUAGGAACAGGCUUUAGGACCUGGUGCAUGUCCUUGGUUUCCAGACAGGUUUUCGGCCGUUGGAAUUGGGCAUUGAUUGAGCCUUUUGUGACACUGCGAUUAACCAUCUGUGGUGUCCCAUGUGGUUUUUCUGCUGUCAGCAUCUCAUCUCAUAAACAUAGGGUGACUAAAACACUUAACCCAAAUUUAUUUCGUUCUAUAAUCGAUGUGUUUAGUUCGUAACAUGGCCUACUUAAGAAAAAAAAAUACCAUACAAACUGAAAAUAGAUCCAGAAUAAAGUAUUCAGGGACCCUUUUAACAAACAUGCAGUGCAAUUAUUUAGCCUUAUUUAGUCAUUUUACUACUUAAAUGCUGAUUUAAUAACUUGAAAGAAAAAUAUUCGCUGAAGUAGCCUAUAAAUAGCCUAUGGAUGUCUUCCAUUCCGUGUGCACCUGAUGCGCGCUUCUUUGACUGCCUUUCCCGCUGCUGAGCGCCAGUGGGAGCGGGAGUAGUGGCGCUCUAAUAUUUCACCCGCAGUUUUCAACUCAUUCAAGGAACACAAAUCGGUGACCGCUGCCUGGAGUGCACUGAUACUGUGAAUGGCUGCAAGAGUAGGAUGGGAACUUAUUACAUGCCUGAACUACAACAGAUGAAAGUUGAAAACAAAAAAUAGUCUAGGCUAGUUAGAUUUAUGAUACUUUCUUGUUACCUAAUUUAAAUGCAUGGUGUUUCAGAUCUGCAGUAGCCUAACCUUUUAGGCUAAACGGAAUGAGAAUACUUACAAGGGUAAGUUUAAAAUAAUAGCACAGACAAUUUGUUUAGGAUGCAAACAUAAAUAAGGGAAUUAUAACGCUUAUCUUUUUGAUGUUUUCACUUGUUCUUUACUUUUACUGACAAUUUGCAUGUUUCAAACAAUAACAAAGUCAACAUGUAAACCUUACUGCAUAAACUAGCCUUCUUUUCUGUCACAACUCGAGGAAAUAGAUGAUGUUUAGCUUUAUAGGUUCCCUCUUUUUCGCAGUCGGUGGGCGUUACAUCCGUCGUUAUUACAGUGGCAGCAGCUGUCAUUGAGAUCCAACCCCCUGAAGUAUUUCGAACUCCAUUCAAAGACUGCGCAUGACAGCCUGGAGGACAGUGUCGGAGAGGGAAAUUUAAAAACGGUUUCGGAAGACAAGUGCAACAAUACUGUAACUUACUGGGAUAUUGGCUUCCAUAGACCUCGACCACAAUCAAAAGAGGUGAGCUCUUUAUUUCUUUUACGAAUGCACUCUUUAUUUGUUGGAUCAUUGGCCUAUUUAAUUUUCACCUAAUAUUUCUAAUGAGCUGUUCUAUAGUGAUGAGCAAACGUGAUUCAACUAAACAACUUUCCAGACAACGAUAAAUUGUUCUCCUGAUGUUAAGACCAUGGUUGAGACAGGAUUAUUUUGCUAACUGCUUUGACGGUCCAGAAACUAGCCUUCAUAUCAUUAACUCAGGAACUGAUUUGGUUUUUUUUGCAUCCCAGAAAAUGAUAGAAAGUGGAAUCACAGCCAGGGUGCCUGGGGUUAUGGAGAGCCAGCACGCUUCCCCACAGGACUUCAGGUUACUCACCACAGACCCCUCUCAAUUGAACAAGGAGGACCUCCCGGGUGACCUGCAGUCCCUGUCAUGGCUGACCUCUGUGGACGUGCCCCGCCUCCAGCAGAUUGGGGCCAGCCGGCCGGACUACAGCGGCUCAGCCCAGGCUAGUCUGCUGGACCAGCAGGCAGCUCAGAUGAACAGCAUGACGUUGACUGGGGUCCCAAACUCCAUGAUCCACCUGCAGAGCAACAUGCAGCACAGUCCUUUGGGAAUCAACAGCAUGGCCCAGUACCCUCUGAAUGGGCAGCACUCACCAGGGUUCCCUUGUCCAGCCUCCGUCUACCAGCCCUCCAGCCAGCAGGUGCUCACCCUCACCCAGGCAGGCCAGCAGUGUUCACCUGUUGGACUGUACGGCAGCUACAACAAUCAGACGCUGUUCUCUCAGCCUCGGAUAGCUCCACACAGCAACCAGGACCUGCAUCCAAAGUCCUUCCCCAAACCUAUCUACUCAUACAGCUGUCUUAUCGCCAUGGCGCUGAAAAACAGUAAGACGGGUAGUCUGCCCGUCAGUGAGAUCUAUAAUUUCAUGAAGGAGCACUUCCCUUACUUCAAGACUGCUCCUGAUGGCUGGAAGAACUCGGUGCGGCACAACCUGUCCCUGAACAAGUGCUUUGAGAAGGUGGAGAACAAGCUGAGCGGCUCCUCACGGAAGGGUUGUCUGUGGGCCCUCAACCCGGCCAAGAUCGACAAGAUGGAGGAGGAAAUGCAGAAGUGGAAGCGCAAGGACCUGCCCGCCAUCCGCCGCAGCAUGGCCAACCCAGACGAGCUGGACAAGUUGAUAACUGACCGGCCAGAGAGCUGCCGGCGGAAGGCCCUGGAGUCGGGCAUGACCCGUCUGCCGGUGUGCCCGUCGGGCCCCACCAUCCCUGUGCAGCCUCAGGCGGUGGCCACGCUGGCCCUGCAGUGCCUGCCCCUCCACCAGCAGCACCAGCUGCAGCUGCAGCUCCAGAGCCAGUCAAGGCUGGCGCCCAUGUCGCCAGCCCCAGCCCAGACGCCCCCGCUGCACGCCGUGCCCGACCUCAGCCACAGCCCUCACCCGCAGCAGCACCAGGCCCGGCCGCAGCAUCACGACCUCUAUGCCAUGCAUGGUGGAGAGGUCAACGAGGUGGACGCUCUAGACCCCAGUAUCAUGGACUUUGCAUUGCAAGGUAACUUGUGGGAGGAGAUGAAGGACGAUAGCUUUAAUCUGGACGCACUGGGAACCUUCAGCAACUCUCCCCUGCGUCUGUCCGACUGUGAUCUUGACACCAGCGGCAUGCCCCCCGUCUCAUCCAGCGCUCAGGUCCUGCAGUACCCCGACCUCCAGCUAACGGGGGUCUACACAUCGGUCAGCGCCCUCGAUGCCCUCUCCACCCAAUACAUGGGCUCACAGGGGAGCACCAAGCCCAUCAUCCUGCUUUAACGCACUCACACCCAAGCCACGCCUCACCAAAAAGGAAAAACAAGAUCCAUUUCUAGGAAAUACUACGGAUAAAAAACAUAUUCCUCUGAUGUUGAUCCCACUUCUCACGGCAAACUAAGGGAGGAUAAAGAUCUUCAAAGACCUGUGUAAACAUUUUUUUUUCUUCUACAAAACACUUGAAGUGUUUAUCUGAGCUCCUUUUUGUGUCAGGAUGGCAAACCUAAAGUCCUUGACAUUGACUCUCUUAACAUGAAACUCAAGAGACAGUAUCAAGAACAACUGAGGGGUUUUCAAAAGGGACUGCUUCCUAGGACUUUUCAAAAGACAACCUUUUCAACAUGUAUAGUUUUCAUACACAAGAAGAGUUCUGUGCUCAUAUCUACAAAAAGUAAAUCAAUUUCUCACCAUGUAUAUAGUGGAGGUCAAAGGUCACUUUAUCUUUGACCCAUUUUCUGAUAGUAUUGUGAAAGGUACUCACCAGAUCCUUUGGUUAGUAUUGUUACUGUAUGGUAGCUGUGUGCAUUUUUAUCUGUUGAGUUGUGAUAGGCAGUAUGACUGUAUUGUGUCUUUUUUUAUGUUUAUUUAUAUUUAUAAAUGGAGGAAAUAUGUUGAUUCCGAUUUUGUACAUAAAUCCUGUAUUUUGCAAUUACCCUGGUAGUAAUUAAAAUGUGACAAGUUCUUAUGCAGUGAAGCCAAACACAGAUAUGUGCCAAUGUUUCCAAGGCGUACAAACAAACUAGAUUUUGAAAGUUAAUCCAUGUAUAAAUGUGUUUUCACUGUUGAUUGGGCUGUUACAGUUGAAGCAAGAACAUUCUAGAGUGUUUCUAUGUAACUCUGGGUGAAUGCAUGUCAAAUACUGUAGAAUAAACGAGUGAGGGAAAACACUAUCCACGAGGUCUUGUUUCUGAGGUCUCGCGUAAAACACAUUUAUUAGGCCCACUAGAACAUUUCAAGUGGUCUUUUCAGUACAGUGGCACAGACAGGACAACAGUGAAAAGGAUUUGGAUUUGCCAAUGUCCCAACGAGUAUCGUCAUACAGCACUUGCAUUUUUGUGGCUGUGUAUGGUACAAGGACAGUACAGUCAAAAAUAUCCAUAACAUUGCAUUCAAA